GGGGGAACAGAUUUUCCUAAAUUCAGUACUUCAGCUGAGUGAAGCUCAGUACUUCCUCUUUGUAAAAAAAAAUCUAGCAGUACAGUUCCUGUACUUGGUUUGUGUUGAAAUGAAAAGUAAAUGAUUUAUUCUUUCGUCACAUGACGGUCAGCUUUCCUCGGUGCGGUCACAGCUCGUCUUGACACGGUUGUUUUUAACAGAGCCCCUGAUGGCGCACCAGCCUAUAAUGAGCGGGAGCACCAUUUAUGGGAUACAGAACCCUGGUUACAUGCUGACAGCGCAGGGAGCAGCAGGAAUGCUUGCCCCACCUUCACAUCAGGCCCAGGGCCCCAGCGCUCCUCCGGCCAACAUGUUUGAUGUCCUGCCCGGAUAUGAAGGAACAAUGGCUGGAGGAGGUGGAUUCCUGCCGCCUCCUAUGCCUGCUUUCCCAGCUCCCCAGCCUACACCCGGACCUGAACAACCCCACUGGAACAUCCCGUCUAUCAGUGAAGAAACGGCUCGGGGGGCCUUCAGCCAGUACGCCUCCAGUAAAUGCUGCUACAGUUCAGCACCAGCGAAGGAUGGCGUGAUCAUAAACAUGGAGGCAUUCAACACGUACAGGUACCGUCUGGAAACAUUUACUGAAUCGAGGUGUACAGAAUGGAGUUCUGAGCCAUACAAUGGUUGGAGAGCAAACAUCCAGUGCAGUCCCUGUCGCAGCAGCCGCAGCAGCUCCCCCUCUCCUCACCCCCCUCCUGUCUACAGGUAG